UGUUCACUCUGGCAACUGAAUACUGUAUUAUGUAACAAAACAAAUUCAAGUGGCGCCUCCUUACUCCGAAGCUAAGGAGAACAACACAAGAAGAGGAGGACCAAGACAUAUUCACUUGAUUCAGUAAGUUAGUUGCUAGCUGAACAACAUUAAAACGAUGAGAACACCUGGGCUGAGCAUAUGUGAAUGACGGAACCGGCUCCGCCUAAAUCCGUUGCGCUGGAGAGAGGAGGGGGACGACGAACAGUCGACAAGGAGAGAGACUGAUAAAGGAGGGAGGAACUGCUGAAGAAUCAGACCAACUACGAUAAAACCCAGAGAGCCACACCGGGGCUGAGAUUAUGACGUAAGCACGGUCCUCGAGCGUUCCGCGCAUCCAUUGCGCUCCUCAGCAACUUGGUGAAGAGACUCGCCGGCGCGCGUGAAGCUCGGAAGCAGCUGCGCUCAAGCCUCCUCGCCUUAUAAAGUACGUGGGUGACGAAAGCUAUCGCGUGCGCGUAAAUUCAGCACUUGGUUCACGAGACAGCUCCGGUGUGUCGGCUUUCCUAACUGGACUCAAUUUCAAGAGCAGUUCUUUCAGUACUUUUUAAAACACUCUCGCGCGCAUGAACAUUAGAAGAGUCAUCAUAUUUACUGCUUUCAUCUAACUGAGAUCCAUAGUCUGGGACAUUCUCCACUAAAUAUGUACCAGGGGCAUUUGCAGGGGAAAGACUCUAGGGCUGCAGAUAAGACCGUUGCCAUGGUCCUGAAGGAGAUACCCAAUAAGGCGUCCUCAGAAGGCAAGCCCCUCCUCACGGUGACAAACAAGCUGGUGAGUGAGCAACAAGAGAGCCGUCCCUUGCUGAGCCCUUCCAUCGAUGAUUUCCUCUGCGAGACCAAGUGUGAUGGAGCUGCCCGCCCAGUAACCUCCAACACAGCAGUACUCUCCUCCUCUCUGGACCUGCUGGAUCUGAGUGAGCCUGGUGAGAGAAGACACAGCAAAGACAGGAAGAGCCCUCUUUCUACUAAGGGCACAUCAUACAGGAAGAAGCCCGAUGAAACAGAGCUGAUACAAGUGGAUGUUGAACAGAGUACACCCUGUUCCCGUACACCUGAAAAGAUUUCACUGGACUCAGUAGCAGUUCCAUCUUCUUUGGACAAAUGGGAAGAACUCAACCCACACCCGGAGCGAAAUAGUAGCAGAAAGUGGAAGCUUGAGAGAAGACGUUCAUCAAAAAAUUCUGGUGAAUUUGUGUGGUCGAUGGAUUGCAAGACUCAGCUAGACACUGCCCCCAGGAACUCCCUGGAGGUCAGUAAUAAAGUAGAGGCAGAAGCCGUGCCAGUAACUCAACUCAACAGGCAAUAUAUUAGUGGAAGACAUGGCCGUUUGAGCAAAGACCAAAGGUGGGGUAGCACCCUCCUGUCCAGAAACCAGUCUCUGGAGGAAGAGUUUGAGAGAGCUAAGGCAGCAGUGGAGUCAGACACCGAGUUUUGGGAUAAGAUGCAGGCAGAGUGGGAAGAGCUCGCUCGCAGGAACUGGCUAACAGAGAACGAUCGACCACAGAUUCCCUCUAAUGUGUCUCCUCAUGAGAAGGGGUACUACUUCCACACAGAUAACCCUUUCAAAGACUGGCCAAAUGCAUUUGAGGAGGGGUUACGCAAGUCCAGAGAGGGCGACCUGCCUAACGCUGUACUUCUUCUGGAAGCAGCUGUACUGCAGGAUCCUCAGGAUUCGGAGGUGAGCGAGCGGACUGAUAAAACAACAGCAGUCGGCCAGGCUUGGCUGGUGCUGGGUACCACGCAAGCAGAGAAUGAGAAUGAGCAGGCAGCAAUUGUCUCCCUCCAGAGGUGUCUGGAGCUCCACCCCAACAACCUCCAGGCCCUCAUGGCCCUGGCAGUGAGCCUGACCAACACAGGCAUGAGGCAGGAAGCGUGUGAGGCGCUGUUGAGCUGGAUAAGGCACAACCCCAAAUACAAGCAACUUCUGAAGAGCCGCACACACCUGCAGGCCUCACCUGGUUCACGGAGACCCUCCUACCCUUCCGCAGUGGGCUGCCCCCUGCUGCCCGAGGUGAAGGAGCUGUACCUGGAAGCUGCCCAGCACAACUCAGACACGAUCGACCCAGACCUGCAGACAGGGUUGGGAGUGCUGUAUAACCUCAGCUCCGAGUUCAACAAAGCAGUGGAAGCCUUCAACGCAGCGCUGUCAGUGCGGCCGGAGGACUACCUGCUGUGGAAUCGGCUGGGGGCGACGCUGGCUAAUGGAGAUCGCAGCGAGGAGGCUGUGGAGGCCUAUACCAGAGCCCUGGAGCUCCAGCCCGGCUUCAUCCGCUCACGUUACAACCUCGGCAUCAGCUGCAUUAACAUGGGCGCUCACAGGGAGGCAGCCAGUAAUUUCCUGACGGCUCUUAGCCUGCAGAGGAAGAGCAGGAGUCGGCAGCUUUCGCACCAGGUCAUGUCUGGAAACAUCUGGGCGGCCCUGCGGAUAGCGCUGUCCAUGCUGGACCAGCCGGAGCUCUUUCAAGCUGCUAACAUAGGAGACCUGGACUUACUCAUGAAAGCGUUUAACCUGGAUAUGUGAGCGAGGAUUACCCCUUUAACCAUGGCAAAUAAUCCAAAGUCCUUUACGAGAAGAACUUUGUCAGAGGAGCAACCUUUGUUUUCGCAGAGCACCUUUACAUUCCUGAGAACUGAGUGCUGAAUGAUACUAUUUUACUAGAUUUGCACAUCAGUUUACGAUUAACCUAAAGAGCACAAUGCCGGGUGAAGAUUGUACAAGUAUGCCUUAGAGAAAAUAUCAGCUAGACCUGCAAUGUAACAGUGGGAAUCAGAGGACACCACGAUUGACGAGAGGAACGCAGACUAUAAAUGUGCAAGAACAACAUAAGCUUGAUGACUUGAUUAGAUGUACUGUACUGCGUAGACUUCAUGUAUUGGUUCGAUUGCACUCUUUAUUUGAGAUGGUGGGGUUCUUAUAGAUUUUAAAGGCACUUAGUUCAACCCUGGACACUCCUCACCUGAUCUCUGCUGCAUCAUCCCCUUUAUUUCCUGAAGCUUGCAGACCAGACUAAAAAGCCUUACUUAUCUUGCAUGUAAAAUAAAUAAUUGAGAUGCUAUCGAUAUGAGACCAGAUAAAAGCCAUUCCUUGCCAUACUUUGACCUCUUGAUGUAGAAGUCUGUUUUCCAUCAAGAUCUAUUUGUGAAACAUACCACGUCUUUGAAAUGUUACGCUGAUUAUUUCACAAAAUUCGAUGCACUGCCCCUUUUGCCACAGUUUUAAGCCUGGGAUUGACGGGAUGACAAGAAACUGCCCAAAAUAUAAGCCAAACUAUUUGUGAGUUUCACAGAUCUAUAAAGUAAUAUUUUUGUUUUUCUCAUAUUACUUGUUAUGGUUCAUCUCCAGCUUGCAUGAUGUUUUAUUUUGCUCAUCAGUGUGAAGUCGCAAGUGCUUAAUGUUGCAUAAAAGUCCUACGUUUUAAAAUGCUAUGCAAAUAUAUAUUUUUUUCAUUUAGCCGUAAGCAGAAGAAAAGCCCAAAGUCCCAGAAAGCUGUACAACGAUUUUACAGGUCUGGAACUACAUGGUGGGUAAGUGAUUAAUGACAAAAUUUCAUUUUGGGGUGGAGAAUCCCUUUAAAGCUACCCACAUUAAUCCAGAUACAUUUGAAAAUGUCUUUUUCUCAACAUUCUGGCAGGAUUUUACAGGAUUCUGACGAUAGUCGAUACAUUAAAAAAAUGGCACGUAAAUUUGUGGAAUAAAACUUUUCCCAUGGCAAUGUGAAAUGUAAAAUAUAAUCUUGAUAUUAAAUUACUGCAAAAAUACAAAUUUACUCACAAUUGCUGUCCUGCAGCUGAUCAUAAGGACAGUUGAGACGCCAUAAAUGGAAUAGCAAUUGAGUGUAGUCUGGACAAACCAUUAAGUGGUGAUGUAUUUUGCUGAACUGAUUGUGCAAGAAGAAUAGCAUGAUAUACUUGUAACGAUAUACAAAUCUCCAUAUUCAUCGGGAAGAAGGAGGCGGGAACCGGCGCACAAUCAAAAUCAUUUUAAUAUUCGAAAAUAAACAAAACAGCGCGUCAGCCCCUCACGGCCACUGACGCGCACAAAUAAAAAGCAAACAUAAAAUAAUAUCCCAGGCCUGGUCCUCUCUCGUCCUUCACGGUCGUCACUCCAGUUUUAUAUCCUUCCAUCUCCUACGUGGGACUCGAUACUGGCGGUGGGGCGCAGGUGUAGCUCAUCUCCAAUCACUACACCUGGCCUCACUCCUCGUUCCCACGCCUCUCGGCCCCGCCCCACUCGCCACAAUACUAUAUAUGUGGUCUCGCUGAAACACAUCAGCUUAGUUAUGCAUGCAUAUUAAGAUGAUUUAAAGGGAUUGUUCUUCCCAAAAUAAAAUUCUAUUAACAUUUACUCACCCUCAUGUUGUUUCAAACCUAUUUGAGCUUCCUUCUUACUAUUGAACACAAAAGAAGAUAUUUUAAAGAACGUUUGUAACCAGCUGCCAGUAGCCAUUGACUUCCACAGUAUUUUUUCCCAUAUUAUGUAAGCCAGUGGCUACCGUCAACCAUUUGGUUACACUCCUCUGAAUUUCUUCUUUCGAGUCAGUAUUUUAAUUUUGGGGUGAACUAUCAAGUUUGUUUUUCUUCGACGUUUUACUGAAAAAUUGAAACUAUUGGAAAAUGCCAGUGCAACAAAAAAGCAAUUUUCUUAUGUAUCUGGAUUAAUUUAGACAUAGCCCAAAUAAUGGUUCUUAUUUAAAAAGGCUCCCUAAUCCAGAUGAGCUUUUAUUUGUAGCAUCAUAUUUUUAUUAUUCACAUCUAGCGCAAUCAUUUAUUUAAAAAAAACAAAAAAACAAUCUAUAUCAAUGAAAAAGCAUGCAAAGCCAUUCAACCACCCAUUAUAAAGUGUUUUUAAUUGUUACUAUAUUUAUUUAAUUACUGCUCUAUGUAUUUCUUUUAUUACUCUGUAUCUGAGCCUAUUUGGAAAGUCUUGUAUAUGUUCAUCGAUACAGUUAGAACAGGCUUGUGCUUUGUAGCUGAAUGUUACAGUAGAUACUGUAGACUCUCUCACGCCUGAGGACUAACCUCCAGUUUUCUAGAACUUUGUACAAUCUCAGGUGUGACUGUCUAGAUGAAUUCAUGCUCCUGAAGUACUCCUGAUGUAUGACCGCAUGCCGAAUUUACUUAUUUUUGAAUGCUGUAGAUUUAUUUAUAUGCAUGACCUUGACAUGCCUAUUUUAAUCUAUACCCUUCAUUUCUAUGACUUCUAUAUAACUAUAUUCACUAUAUUUUGCAUUUCAAAAUAUAUAUUGAUCUGAAGAAUAUGGCAUAUUAACUGUAAAAUAUCUACAAAUGAGCAGUUUUUGCAAUGCAGUGAUUAAUCUCAACAAGACCUUUAUAGUCACUUAUAAUACGAUUGCAAUAGCCAGAUUUACUAAAGCCUUUAGAGUUAGACUCAAAUAUAUAUUAUGCAUCAUUCAGAGUUUUGUUUCAGAAUUUGUACAUGCAAACUUUCUGAAUGUUUGCUAUAGGCUUUAUUAACUCUGGCCCAAUAUUUAAAAGAUAGAUGCAUAUACAAAAGUUAUCUUUUAAAAUAAAAUAUUGGAAUAGA